AUGGAGAAUCCAAUAGAGCAUCUGCACAGCAGCCCACUGCUUUCACUUGGGAGCCCUUGCAAACCUUUCGAUAACAACAAACAAGCCGCGCCGCUCAUCUUCUUUCUCCACCCUGGUUACGCAGAAAAUCACAAUAUCCUCCUCACCCUCCCGGCGCUCGACUCUGGGGGCAUUCAUCAUGGAACGGCGCAUACUGCGUGCGCCAUCCUCGCCAACUGCCGAUGGGAUGGCUUCUUGUCAUUGCAUCGCGAUGGCCCCAGAUUGUCUGCUGAUCUGGACGAUGUGCUCCCGCAUCGUCAAUACUACUUCCGCAUUGAAGACGAAGAGCUAUAUCCAGUCGUCCCUACGUUCGAUCAUUUUCGCUGCCCAACCUCCCUGCCGCCUUCCUACUUAUCCGCUCAUGUUGAAUUUAGCUCGGCUGACGACGUCAUUCGUCGCGAUGUUACCUGCCGGAUUACCGCCUCAGCGCUCCCGAACGAGACCGCACAUAUCAUACCCGCUGCGUACAGCGACUGGUGGCAGCGCAACAGCAUGUUCCUGCACCAAGUCAAUCCUGACCAAGGGGUCGAUACUCGAUGCGCUGACAAUACCAUUCUGCUACGUCGGGACUUACAUAAGAUGUGGGACGACCACAAAUUUGUGAUUGUGCCAAAAGCAGGAGAGUGGGUGAUCCACGUGUAA